UGGGCUGCUGUUGUUUUAAUUUGCUAAAUUGUUAGGUUACUGCGAUUUAAUUUGUUGGAUUUUCUAUUUAGGUCUUGUUCUUGUUUAUUUGCUAAAUUGUUGUUGUGUAUUUAUUGUUGUCUUUGAGAUUAUUGCUGGAUAUUGGUGAUCAUUGAUUUAUUAUAUGCUUCAUGUUUUCAUUGUUUUCUUCUUCUGAAGGAAAAAAAUUUUGUUUUCAUUGUUUUCUUGAUUGUUUGUUUUGUUUCAGAAAUCAAUUUUUUUGUGAUCAAUGCUCAAACUCUGAAUGCUGUUCUGCUGGUUUUACUGUGUUUGUUUUGUUUCAGAAAUCAAUUUUUUGUGAUCAAUGUUCAAACUCUGAAUGUUGUUCUGCUGUUUUUGUUUUGUUUCAUUUCAGAAAUCAAUUUUUUAUGAUCAAUGCUCAUACUCUAAAUGUUGUUUUGUUUUGUUUUAAGGCUGUGUUUGGAAGAGGUGAUUGACUUUUGAGUGUUGUUUUGUUUUUAUUUUAAGGCUGUGUGUUGUGUUAAAUUUGUAGGAAAUUCUGAGGUUUAUAAGAAUUAAGAAGGAAGACUAUUUCAACGGGUACAUGAAAUUGGGAUUUAUGGAUCUCAACUUCUUGCUUUGCUGCUUCUGCCCCUUCAUUCGCCGAUUUUGAGCAGCACUUCGUGACGUCACUCUCCAGCUCUGCUCUUGGCCCGUCACUGCUUCGUAGACGUCUGUGGUGUGCCUCAUUUUUCUUUGGACCUGCAAGUUGCCGUGCAAACUAGAGAUGCUGCUUUGAUGAACUUGAAAUUGAUGUGAGCAUGUUGUCUCAGUUGUGGCCUCCCCAUAUUCACACAGCCUCCUUUCUCUUGCCUGAGCUUCCCCGGCCUCAUCAUUUUCUUCUGCUGUCGAGCAAUGCAUGUAGACGUACUCCUACUUUUCACUUUCGAUUAGAAAGUAGAAGACGACCAAGGCCAAGACGAGGCAGCAGCAUUUGUUGUUGUUGUGGUUCUGCCUCUGAGUGGGAACUUAAGGAAGCAGGUAUAGCCGUGUCAACUUUCCUUCAAGGAUUAGGGGUGUCAGAGGAGGAGUCCUUAUCCAUCGCAUCCAAGUCACCCUCUUACUCCAACAUGUUGGUGGAGAGUGUCAGGGAUUUGGACCAACACUCCAUGUGGAAUUCCGAUUCGGCCUCCUUGGGCUUCAGGGAAAAGCUUCUUCACAUUGCGUCCCUCAAAGGUGACAAUGGAAAACUCCCUUACUUUGAGAGUCUCGGCUUCACUCUUUCUUCAUCUAUCGCCCUUGCUAGGUAUCUCUCCUCUCAGAACCUCCCAUCCCUCAUGCACAAGGUUGCAUCCAUCAAGGAUCUCUUCUUUUCUCAUCAAGCUGAUCACCUCCUCAUCAACAACAUUCGUCGCAUGAUGCUCCACCUGUCCAUUCCAAUCGACGAUGAUCUACAGCAUACUCUCUCCUUCUUUGAGAAGCUUGAAGCCAGGCGUGGAGGCUUAAAUGUCUUUCUUUCUGACAAAGACACUGCCUUCCGCCAUUUGAUUGAUUCCUUUCCUCGUUUACUUUCACUCUCACUGGAUAACCACAUCGUUCCUAUUAUCGAUUUUCUCCACAAUAUUGGAGUUCCCAGAGUUCACAUCACAACCAUAAUACUCUCUUUUCCGCCUAUUCUGUUCUGGAAUAUUCAACUCCUUAAAGCUAGACUCCUCGCCUUGAAACAGAUUCAUCUGGUGGAUAAAGAUUAUAUCAAGUUGUUGAGCAGAUAUCCUUGGGUUCUAUCUACAAGCAUUCAAGAGAACUAUGAGGAGGUUCAUGGAUUUUUUCUUUCUGAGAAGGUUAGAAAGAUAUGUAUUGACUCUGCAAUCAGAGGCCAACCAUACCUAUUGGGUUGUUCAACUGGCAAGCUGAAGUCGAUGCUGGAUCAGUUGGCUGAUCUUGGAGUUAAGGGAAAUAAGUUAGAUAGGGUUAUUGCUAGAAGCCCGCAGCUACUAUUGCGGAAGCCCAGAGAUUUUCUACAGGUUGUUCUGUUCUUUGAAAAUAUGGGCUUGGAUAGAGAAAUUGUUGGGAGAAUUCUUUCUCGCUGCCCAGAAAUUUUCGCUGCCAGCAUCAAUAAAACUCUUAAGAGGAAGAUUGAAUUCCUUUCUGGGGUUGGCGUUUCGGAAGCAUAUCUUCCUGGGGUAAUCAGAAAGUAUCCGGAAUUACUUGUAACGGACACUGAUAAAACCAUACUACAUCGGCUGAUGUACCUGAUGAAGUUAGGACUUUCGGAGAAAGAGAUUGGGUUUAUGGUGCGCACGUUUUCUCCGCUCUUCGGGUACAGUAUAGAGGAGGUUCUGAGGCCAAAAAUAGAAUUCUUAGUGAAGUCGAUGAAGAGGCCGGUACGAGAAGUUGUUGAUUACCCUCGGUAUUUUAGCUAUUCAUUAGAAAAGAAGAUAAAGCCAAGAUACUUUGUACUCAAGGGAAGGCAUAUUGAAUGUAGCUUAAAGGAUAUGCUGGGAAAAAAUGAUGAGGAAUUUGCUGCAGAAUUUAUGGGUGUGGGUCUUGGAGGGAUGCUUGACCCUCCUCUCUCUUCUGAGAAUGUGUUGUAAGUAUCAUACAUCCUUCCCUAGUAUUUUUUUUGGGAAAUUCAUCUCAUUACAAAUAGAUUCUUUAAGGGGCAUAAAAUGUAUAUUCCACUAAUUUUCAAUUGCAUAAACUAUCACAUUUGAGAUUUUUAGAAGCAAAGAGUUGUUAAGUUAGAAUAUCAAAAUUUGGUUGUCUUAUUCUUAUAUAAUAUCAUGUUUAAUUCAAUGAAAGCAAUAUAGGUAUAGAAUCCAUAGAAUCCACUGCUACGGUGCUUAAGCAUUUGAUCAAAUAUAUUGGAAUUAAUAAUUUUUGCAACAUCGGGUUUUUGUGGUGGUUUUGGUUGUGAACCUCUGUUUGGGCACAAUGGUCAACAAUCUUCUGCUGUGGUUGUGGCACCAGGCAGCAGCAAUAAUUCUAAUUUGAAGUUUCCUAUUAUUUUUCUUUUGGAAGUACACAGAAGACUAAUGUUUUGGAUGGUGAUGAAUCAAUAUCAUUAAGAUAAUAAAG